UUUUUUUUCUCGACGUUUCACGUCACGUGUGUGGUCACUGUGUAGGUUUGGUUUAUGCGUCUCUCCUCGCUUAGCGAUGUAGUGGUCGGAGAUGUGAGGCUCAACUUGGAGGAAUUCUCUCGUCGCGACCAAGUUAUGGCCCGAGCAUCUCCGAGCGAACACUCCGCGCAACUUUCUACAGACUGUGAUAUUUCUGCAGCAUCUUCUCCCGCAACACCGAGGAUGGCUCGGUCCAAAUUGUAGUCCAACAUUGGCAAGUAAAAACACCACAAUACCGUGUUGCAUCUGAUUGAAAUUGGAUCAAAGCAAUGUUGAGUCCGGGACACAAUGCACCAGGAGACAACAACUGUUACACAACUUUACAGAGUAUAACCCGGUGUAACUCCAUCUGAGAAACACCAGGAUGACACCCAGAGGUUAAUAACUCCCACCUGUCAUUCCUGUCCAUAAUCUGCAGCCAUGCUACCAAAGGAGAACCACAGCGAAGCCAAGGCGGUCAAGUUAAGCCUGUUCAGCAGGGCUGCGUCCACCGAUACAAAGAAGACUGAGAAGCAGAUCCAGUACGUGGACCCUCCAGAUGGAGGGUGGGGCUGGAUGGUGGUCAUACAUUGCUUCCUGGUCAAUGUCCUGGUGAUGGGCACUCUGAAGACCUUCGGGAUCUUCUUCGUGGCAUUCCAUGAUGAGUUUGGGGGGUCUGCUGAGGGGAUCAGCUGGAUCGGUUCCAUUAUGUCUAGUCUCCGCCUUUCUGGAGCACCCAUCGCCUCCAUUACCUGUGCUAAGUAUGGAACCAGGGCAACCACCAUUGCUGGGGCCUUCUUGGUCAGUGCAGGCUUUAUUCUCAGCAUCUUUGCAAACAGUGUGGUGUACCUCUACAUCAGUAUGGGAGUGUUCGUUGGAAUGGGUUUUGCGCUUUUAUACCAAGCCUGCUCAGUGGUGACCGCAUUGUACUUCAGGCAUAGGUUAGCCACAGCAUAUUCUAUCGGGCGCUCUGGCAUGGGCUUGACCUUUGCUUUAGCUCCAUUCACCCAAUUGCUCUUGGACAAAUAUGCUUGGCAGGGAGCCUUGCUAAUCCUGGGCGGUCUCAUGCUGAACCUGGUGGCCUCCGGGCUGCUACUGAGACCCAUCCACAUAAAACCUUCCAGUAUGUCGCCCCCCAGCUCAGCCGCCAUUCAAAAGAGCCCAACCGCCUCCCUCAAGAGCAGCUCGGAUAAGGAUCACCCAAAGAGCUGUCUGAAUGGCACCGGCUCUGCGAACCUCCACAAUGGCGUCUGCAAACCAGACUCACUCCCACUCCCGCCACCCCCUCCUUCUCCUCCUCCUCCAUCUAGCUGGGACACAGAGGGCCCUGUAGGGCACAAUGCCCAGGGGGGGCAAGUGGGCCACAACAACACACAAAACCCUGAACUGCACAGGCUGGUGCAGAGCGGCGUGAAUGGACUGGAGUCCCAUCGCCAGGACUCCGCGAGUCCAGGGAAACCCGCGAGGCCGGGCACCCCGGCCGAGCUGAACGGCGGCAAGAACGGGUCCGCCCCCGACGGGUCCCCGACCCCCGUCAGCUCCCCUGACGAGGCCACCGCCACUCCCUGCUCAGCCAAAAUUUUAGACUUCUCCCUCCUGAAAAGCCCCUUCUUCUGCAUCUACACUUGGUCGUUGGUGUUCAGCCAACUGGCUUACAUCCCCUAUUUCCACCUGUCUGCCCGGGCCAGGACCCUGGGGAUCGACGCCAUGGACGCCUCCUUCAUCAUCUCUUUGGCAGGCAUCACGGAGACUGUGGCCCAGCUGGCGUCCGGCUGGGUGGCGGACAGGAACGGCUCCCACAAGUACCACUACCACAAGGCCUACCUCAUCCUGUGUGGCGUGGUCAACCUGCUCUCCCCGCUCGCCACCUCAUACUUCCUGCUCAUGAUCUACGCCAUCUUCUUCGCCAUAUUCUGCGGAGGCUACAUGGCGCUGCUGCUGCCCGUCCUGGUAGACCUCGUGGGAUCAGAGAAGCUCAACAACUCCAUGGGCUUCUCCAUGUUCUUCGUAGGCCUUGGCUGUCUCACCGGACCCCCUCUUGCAGGGUUCCUGUAUGACUACACCCAGACGUACGACGGCUCCUUCUACCUGGCCGGGGUGUGCUACCUGCUCUCCUCCGUCUCCCUCUUCCUGGAGCCGCUGGCCCGGCGCUGGGAGAAGCAGAAGGCCGCCCGGCUUGAGAAGACAUCCCACCAGCCGGGUGGCAGCGAAGUGUCCCACAACGGGGUCGUCUAGGAGGGAAGGAACUUCUCCACGAGCCUCCCUGUGUGGCAGGAUACCACACAGCUGCCUGGCGACCUGGUCCUUCUGGUCAGGAUCCCCGCCUGGUCGUUCAAACUUUAAAAGGCCCAGUCCAACGGAUGUCAGGUGGCGAUUUCGAACGUCUUCUCUGAGGCGUGAAACCGCAGGUUUGGGGGCGGGACUUAUCUUUUUUUAAAAAGGGGAGGGUUUGCCGCGGAGGCUAGGUUGGAGCUUCGCCUUGAGAUUCAAAUACGUCAAAAACCAAAGCUAGCUGUCAAUCACCUUUCUAGGAGUUAUAGUUGACAAUAGAGCGAUGUCAUUGGAUUAAGUACUUGUCAGGUUAACGCCACGUAACCUGACAGAUAUGUGUUUCAUAACACAGCUGCACAAAAGAAGUAAGCAAAAAUAAAUUUUUGGCGUAAAUAUAUGAAAAAUACCUACAAUCAAUUUUCUUUGGUAUACAUCAUAGUAUUUAACUAUUUCAACUAAAGGCAACCCAAUAUUGACCUAAGGGAGCUAAUAUAACAUUUUGUUAGACCGCGGGCCAGAAGAGGUUUUUGGCACCAGGA